GCUCGCUGGACACUCCGUGGACGACCAUCCGCACUGCCGCUCUUGCGGACGCCAAGACAGUGCUGGUGGGGUGGAGGUACACGCGGUGGAAUCCGAGAGUGAAGACGUGGCCGCCCCCCCGAAUCCUUCAGACCGACACACUCGUGUUCAAGUGGAAUGAUUGGCUGCACAAGCACAACGUGGUGGCCAUCAGUGCUGCGCGCUUCAGCACAUGCCACUUUGGGAGCAACGGCCUUCCAUUCACCGUCCUCACCAAGGCAUCCAAGCACGGCACUCUCAAGCUCUCAGCGGGCACGCGCGCCAUCAUGUUGGCGCUGGGCGUGGAGGGGUCGGCGAACAAGCUGGGCGUGGGCGUGGUGCGCAGCGACGGGAGCAUUCUGAGCAACCCGCGCUGCACGUACAUCACGCCGCCCGGCCACGGCUUCCUGCCGCGCGAGACCGCGGCGCACCACCAGCAGAAGAUUCUGCCGCUCGUGGAGCGCGCGCUGCGCGAGGUGCGUGCGGCGGGGCUGGUUCGACGAGAACAGGCGGGCAUAACCCCGGGGGACAUACACUGUCUGUGCUACACCAAGGGGCCGGGCAUGGGCGCCCCUCUGCAGGCCGUUGCCAUCGUUGUCCGCACGCUCGCCCAGCUGUGGGGGAAGCCCAUAGUGCCAGUGAACCACUGUGUGGCGCACAUAGAGAUGGGGCGCUGCGUGACUGGCGCCCAUGACCCCGUGGUGCUCUACGUCAGUGGAGGCAACACACAGGUGAUAGCAUACUCAGAGGGGCGGUACCGCAUAUUCGGGGAGACCAUUGACAUCGCCGUGGGCAACUGCCUGGACCGCUUCGCCCGCGUGCUGAACAUCUCCAACGACCCCAGCCCCGGCUACAACAUUGAGCAGCUGGCGAAGCAAGGGCAGCGCUACGUGGAGCUGCCCUACGUGGUGAAGGGCAUGGACGUGUCCUUCUCGGGCCUCCUCACAGCAGUUGAGGGCCUGGCACAGCGCGUUGCUGCACCGGACAGCGUGGGGGAGGAUGGCUACACCGCGGCUGACCUCUGCUUCUCCCUGCAGGAAACCAUCUUUGCGAUGCUGGUGGAGACGACCGAGCGGGCCAUGGCACACUGCAACAAGCGCGACGUGCUUAUAGUGGGGGGCGUGGGCUGCAACAUUCGCCUGCAGGAGAUGAUGCAGCAGAUGUGCUUAGAACGGGGGGGACGGCUCUUUGCCACCGACGACCGGUACUGCAUUGACAACGGCGCCAUGAUUGCUUACACUGGGCUGCUGGCGUUUCAGCACGGCGGGCUCAGCAUGACUGUUCCUAUCAAGGAGUCCACUUGCACUCAGCGGUUUCGAACGGAUGAGGUGGAGGCAGUGUGGAGAGAGGGGGAGGGGAGAAGGGGAGAGGGGGUGGAGGGGUUGGAUGGAGGAAGAGGAGGUGUGGGAGUGGGGGUCGCAGCAAGUGGAGAGCGGAAGCAUGGAUUUGAGAAUGGAGAUGGGGUGGGGAGUAGUGGGAAGGGAUGUGCGGGUGAGCAGGAGGGGUUGGGAGCGGUGGAUCGUGUGGCAGGGCAUUUAGAAAAGAAGCUCAAGGCAGGGGUGGAGGAGAGAAGGGAGGAAAGUGAUGCGAAGGCAGAAAAAGAAGAGCCUGCGCAUAUGAUAAUAGGCUGA